AUGCUCUCUCCCUUCCUCUCUGUCUGUCAGUGUCAUUCUGUAUUGGAGAUGUGGAGUGUCUUUCUGUCUCUCUGUCUGUUUUUCCAGCCUAAUUCAGCUGAGGAAGUGAUGCUGCUGGACACAACAGAGACUACCUCAGAGCUGGGCUGGACCACCUAUCCAGACACAGGGUGGGAUGAGGUCAGCAUCCUAGAUGAUCGGGGGAAGCUCAUCCGGACCUUUGAAGUCUGUAAUGUUAACCAAAACCCCCGUCAGCAGGACAACUGGUUGGCAACACCUUUCCUGUUACGCCACUCAGCUCCCCGAGUGUUUGUGACAUUACGUUUCUCAGUACGUGACUGUGCCAGCCUGCGUACCCCAUCACCCAGUUGUCGAGAAACUUUAACCCUAUACUACAAACAGGCCGACUCCCAGAGAGAGCUGAUGAGGACCUGGGUAGCUGAGCCAUCAAGUGGAGAGAAGGAAACCAGGGAGGGCUGGGUAAAGAUCGACACAAUCGCAGCUGAUAAGAGUUUUUCCAAAGUGGAGCCCAGUUCACCUCACCAGUAUCAACCCAACAGAUAUAGCCGUAUCAAUGUUAAGACACGCAGCUUUGCCCCACUCACACGAAAAGGAUUUGUCUUGGCCAUCGUUGACAGCGGAGCCUGUGUUUCCCUCAUGGGUGUGUCCAUCUUCUUUCGCCGUUGUCCGGCCACCAGUCUCUACUUGGCAUCCUAUCCUGCAACUCCCUCAGGUGCAGAGCCAACUGCCCUAGUGCCUGUGACCGGAACAUGUGUCCCCCACAGUAAAGCACAGGGAGGCACACCGCCUCGCAUGCACUGCAAUGCUGAAGGAGAGUGGAUGGUUGCUGUUGGCGGAUGUGUGUGUGAUGAAGGAUAUGAGCCAAACAUCAAUGGAUCUGCCUGCUUGGCCUGUCCUGUGGGCUACUUCAAAUCUCUUUCUGGCUCUGUUCCCUGCUCCGUGUGUCCAUCCAACAGCAGAACCAGCCAGGAGGGAUCGAGUGUGUGUGAAUGUCGCAGCGGCUUUUAUCGGGCGGCCAGUGAUGCCAACUCUUCUUCCUGCACAACUCCUCCAUCUGCUCCAGUCUCUUUGACCUGGGAGUACGAGAGUGGAGAUGGUGGGGUGUCGUUAAGGUGGCGCCCUCCAGUGGACAUGGGAGGUCGCAGUGAGGUGUGGUAUGGGGUGGUUUGUCGAAUCUGCCCUUCACCCACUUUCACCAACCCGGCUGCUUGCUCCUGGUGUGGAGAGGGUGUCACCUUCAGCCCCUCCCAGACCAACCUGAAACAAACCAAAGUCACCCUCAACAACCUACUAACCAGGGUCACAUAUCUCAUACAGGUGCAAGCCAUGAAUGAGGUGUCAGCUUUGAGUCCUUUUCCAGCUCGAUACACAAGCAUCAAUUUCACCACCAGCCAGUCAGUUCCCAGUACAGUUCCAAUGAUGCACCAGUUGAGCCGUGCUCCAGACUCCAUCACUCUCUCAUGGCCUCAGCCAGACAGACCCAACGGAGACAUCCUGGAGUACCAACUCAGAUACUAUGAUAAGGGUUCAGAUGUGGACAGCGCUUUGAAUAUGUACAGCGAAACCAACACAGUGACCAUCAACUCUCUGAUUCCCGGAUCCAUCUACGCCUUCCAGAUCAGAGCUCGAAAUGAACGAGGCUAUGGCCCUUACAGUAACACUGUCUACUUCACAACGCUACCUCUGGAAGAGCACUCACAGCAAAUCCAGAAUCGUCUUCCUCUGCUGGUGGGCUCGGUGAUGGGUGGGGCAGCAUUUCUUCUUGUUGUGGCAGCAAUUGUGGUCGUGGUUGUGUUUCGCAGCAAGAGGAGAGAGAGUCCGUACAGUGACAGACUUCAGCGGUACAUUAGUAACAGGGGUGGCGUAAAGUAUUAUGUGGACCCAUCUACAUAUGAGGACCCCAGUGAGGCCGUCAAAGAAUUUGCCCGUGAGAUAGAUCCCACUCACCUCAAGAUUGAGGAGGUGAUUGGUGCAGCCCAGUUCGGUGAGGUUUCUCGUGGCCGUUACCGUCCUGUUGGCCGCAGGGAAGUGCUGGUUGCGGUGAAGACUCUACGCUGGGGGGCAUCUGAAAGAGAGAGGGGGAUGUUCCUCAGUGAAGCAGGUGUUCUGGGACAAUUUGACCAUCCCAAUGUGCUGAAGUUAGAGGGUGUUGUUACUCGAAUCCCCCCAGAAAGGAUCAUCACUGAGUUCAUGGAGAAUGGCCCCCUUGAUGCCUUCCUCAGGGAGAAUGAAGGCCAGUUUAGUGUCCUUCAGCUUGUUGGGAUGCUCAGGGGAGUCGGUGCAGGGAUGCGUUACCUCUCUGAGAGGAAUUUUGUCCACCGAGACCUGGCCGCCAGAAACGUGUUGGUCAACUCCAACUUGGUCUGCAAAGUUUCUGAUUUUGGCCUCUCCAGACUCAUGAGGGGCCUGGACCACAACAUACCUACAUACACUGCCUCUCUAGGCAGUAAGAUUCCUGUGAGGUGGACAGCACCAGAGGCUUUCCAGCAUCGCAAGUUCAGCUCAGUCAGUGAUGUGUGGAGCUUUGGCAUACUGAUGUGGGAAGUGAUGUCGUAUGGAGAGCGUCCAUACUGGGACAUGAGCAAUCAAGAGGUGAUGAAGGCAGUUGCAGAUCAGUACCGGCUCCCGGCCCCCCACAACUGCCCCCCUGCCCUCCACUCUCUGAUGCUUCAGUGCUGGCAAGCAGAACGAGGGGACCGGCCAGGCUUCGACUCACUCCUAUCCUCUUUGGAUCGUCUCAUCAGGCACCCUGCCUCCCUCAAGGCGGAGCCGACUCGAAGCUGCUCCCAGCCACUGCUCAGUCCCACCCCCACAGACUUAUCGUCAGUGGCAACGGUCAGUGAUUGGCUGAAGGCGCUGAGGAUGGAGAGAUAUCAGGAUGAGUUCGAUCGAGCGCACCUGGACACAUUAGACAGAGUUAGCAGACUCACUAUGGAAGAUGUGCAGCAUCUUGGCGUGAACCUGCUGGGACACCAGAGGAAGAUCGUCAGCGCAGCCCAGCAGCUCAGGGCCCAUCUGACACAGGGACAGGUGGAGGUCUGAAAUCCACCCGCACCACAACCUGUCCCAGGGAUUUCCAAGGUUUUCAUAACCCUCUGCUCGCUGGGUCUGGUUUCUGCAACAUUUAUUUUUAAGGAGCACAUUUUAAGCCAAAUCAAAUGUAGAAUCAACUUACGGUGCCACGUUGCACUGUUUAUUCUUAUAAUUUUGACACUACAACCUGACGGGCUGAAGAAAAGGGGCUCCUGACCAGUCACUUGAAAUGCAUUACAGAAGAGAGGUGCACCAUGGGAGCUGCAGUCCAAGUCAAAGUGAGGUUAGAACACUGCUGAAGAGGACUUCAAAUAUUUUGUUAUGUUACUUUUGAACUAUAGUUCACUUUAUUGUAGUUUGCCUUCCUCUCUCCUCACUUAUCUGCAGGCUAUCCCCCAUCCUCUCUUCCACUAUUUUUUCCAUGUAACUUUUCAAUUUCCCCAUCCUCACUCAGUUUGAUAAAACUUGUAAAAAAUAUAUUUUUUGUCUAAAUGCUCAAAGAGCUUUUCUCACAAAGAAUUGCGUUAAGACAAUCAAAGCCUUCUUCUAAUGUUUUUAGUUAUUUGUAAAAUUAUAUAACUUCCUUUUUAAUUAAACUGCCAAAUUGCCAAGCAGCCUGUGGUGAUCUAAUGAGGUCUUUCCAUUUGUUUUCAGAUAAAUGUAGUUUCUGUAGUAUUAAAGUAAAAUUGUUAAAAAAAAAACAACAAUCCAAAGUCAGUGGUGCAAACUCUGAGGUGGGACAUCAGUCACU